AUGAUCGCGUACGGGAACUGUCUGAUUGACAACGGAUACGCCAGUGUGGUGGAGAAGAACAUCUGGCCUAUCGUGAAGAACGAUCUGGCCUACGUGGCGCAGUACUGGAACAGCACGGGAUUCGAUCUCUGGGAAGAGGUGAACGGGUCCUCCUUCACCAUCGCCGUCUCUCACCGUGCGCUUGUCAAGAGAUCUGCGUUUGCCAACAAGCUCAACAAGACCUGCUCCAGCUGUGACACUGUGGCUCCGGAUAUCCUCUGCUUCCAGCAAUCGUUCUGGACGGGCGAGUACAUAGACUCCAACAUCAACCUCCAAUCGGAGAUGAAGCGAAGCGGCAAGGACGCCAAUUCGAUUAUCACCUCGAUCCAUCUUUUCGAUCCAGAGGCAACAUGCGAGGACGAGAUCUUCCAGCCCUGUUCCGCGCGGGCCCUGGCAAACCGUAAAGCCAUCGUCUACUCAUUCAGGAACCUUUACCCCAUCAACAACGGCAGCAAGGAUACCUCCACAAUCGCCAUCGGCAGGUACGCAGAGGACGUUUAUUACGACGGCAAUCCAUAG